AUGAGUCCAGAAAACCCUAUUCCAUGUACUUUACGGUUGAUCACUCAGUUUAUGCAUUCCAUCACAAAAUAUCUUGAUAAAAUUGGUUCUCGAACCGAAACCAGCCGGCGGUCUUCCUACCCAAGAUCAGGAGAACCUAUGAAAAAACAACCAGAGAAGCAUUUAUCCAUUCCGCCUUCUAGUAAAGAGCUUACGAAUAUUAGCUGGGAUCAAGCUCUUAGAGAAGAACAUCUUCUUUAUCACGAACCUCUGAUUUUUUAUGGACAGCGGUUUUGGAUGAAUUCAUGGGUUCGGCAGAUGCGAAGAUAUAUCGAAUUAAACGAUAUUAAAGAUGAAGAAGUUAUGAAAAUUAUACCAAAACUAUUGGGCGGUGAGGCUCUCGAAUGGUAUAAUAAACAGGCUGAAUGGGUUGAUCCUGAACAAAAAAUCAAAGUAGCAAAACUAUCCAAGCUUAUUACUGGUAAUCAAUUAAAGCUGUUACAAAUAUGCUUGGGGCGCAACUAUAAUAUAUGCCAACUGUUUUAUUAA